CGUGGAGGGGAUUGAAAAUCAAAGAAGAUAAGGCCCCCAGCUGCUUGCUAGCUCCUCCCAAAAUCGUCUUUUGCAUGAAGCGGAAAAAUGGGGAGCUCUGCAAAACUAGGGUUGGAGAUGUUUGAAGUUGGACCCUGUGAAGAUGCUUACACAAUGGGCUUCCUAAUUGGCCAGAGAUUUUCAGACAUGAUCAAGAGCAGGCUGGCCUCAGACCUCAUUCUUCACAACCAACUCCUCCCUUUUGCUCAAACCCCAGAGUUUCAGCCACUUCUCCAGUCUCUAACAGAAAAUAACCGAAACAAGUAUCCGAGAUAUUGGGAGGAGCUCGUUGGCACUGCGGAUGGAAGUGGAGUUUCAGUUCGUGAUAUAAUACUAAUCAACUUCAGAAAGGAGAUUCUUCCGCUUCUUCCAAAGACCACGGCGAUGAAUCAGAGUAUCGAUACGCCGGAUGACUGCUCGGAUGUUCUUGUUGUUAGUGAUUCCAUGGCAGUUGUGGCACACAAUGAGGACGCAAAUGUUGCCCUGGUUGGCCACACCUAUUUGAUAAAGGAGACUCUGUCAAAUGGGAUAUCAUUCAUUGCUUACACUUAUGCAGGAGAGCUCCCUAGCUGUGCAUUUGGGCUCAACACUCAUGGACUGGCUUUUACGCUGAAUUCAGUUCCCCCAUCGGAAAAUGAGAUUGUUGCCGGAGGCAUUGGGAGGAACUUUGUUUCACGAGACCUUCUUGAAGCAUCAAGCAUCGACGACGCAUUAUGUAGAAUUAAAUCAUCAGAAGUAUCUGUUGGACAUAGUUACAAUUUGAUCGAGACGAGGACACGCAAAAUUAUGAACGUGGAAACUGCUUCAAGAAAACGGGUUUCGGUUUAUGAGGUUGGAGCAACACCAUUCUUCCAUGCAAACAUGUAUCUCCAUCUCCAAGUUAAUCAGUUACAAGAUGAAAACUCCAUAGCAAGGCAAAGCAGAGCAGCUGCGCUACAUAAAAGAUCGAAAGACAAUUUCCUAUCACUCCUAGGAGAUACGGAUGACCCGAAAUAUCCAAUCUACAUGAUAGGUCCAUUGCUUUAUACUCUAUGCACGGCCGUGAUAGACUUGGACGAACAAACACUGUCGAUAGUUGAAGGGAACCCAAGAAAAGGAAAAAUCUCUCACAUCUUCUCUACGUGUACGGAAGAUUUCAAGAUGCCAUAACAAAAGCUUCAAGCAGCCUACCUACAUCUAGUUGCAUAAAUCAGACAUGAAGCUCCUAGGCAGGUUCGUAGAGGCCUAACAUGUGCCCGUCAAUACAGCGCAUCGACGCAACCUGGACAGGAGAUAUUAUUAGGACACACAUUGCACCCACAGUAACAACAGUAGAAAAUUUAAGUUUAUAUUAAAUUUGUUGUUGGAAUUUUGGUCAUCACCUUGCCAUGGAUUUCGUACUUGAUAGGACCAUCUAGUUCAGCGCCUAAUGCCAUUAAUUUCGUCACUGAUUGAUUAAUGUCGGUCACCGUGAAAGACAGAAGUGAAGAGUUUCCCAUUCCCUUCUGCAUUACAUGAUCACUGUAAACUUGAAUUAGCAAUUUAGCAUCUCCCCCUUCUUUUAAUUGCA